AUGGUUCUGGAGGUCCGACACGAAACCUCUGAUGGCUUCGUAAAGGGAGAAAUGGUUCGGAAAGUGUGGUACGGAACUCAGGAAGCUUCGGCAUCCGAAAUGCGAAACCUCAGUCACCCUAGUGAUGUACGUAAAGGCUCGGCAUCUCUAAUACGAAACUCUACAUGGUUUCGUAAGUCUGUCUCGAAACCUUUAUGUGCUCUGUGGAACUACGGCAGGUUUUGCACCAGUCAUACGAAACCAAAAAAGUUCAGUAUACGCGCUGCUAGACCUUUCAAUGGUUUGGCAAUAACAGCACGAAACCUUUUUGGCCCUCAAAACCUUAAAAAAGUUCUUUAUUUAUGCUACGAAACCAUUUUGGUUACUCAUUCAACAUGUUCGACAGAUCGACCAUCGGUUGCAGCUGUAGUUGCUUCACGUGAUCCAACAAAUACUCUUUAUGCUGCUCGACUUUGUGAACAAUAUCCGAAAAAAGGUCGUUGUUCAUUGGAAAUUAUCAAAGAAUUGGAUCAAAUGGUUGCGGAUCUAUUACGUUUAUUUGCAUGUACAUGUGGUGGACGUCUUCCAAAUAAAAUUAUUUUCUACCGUGAUGGUGUUGAUGAAGGACAAUAUCAAAAAGUAUUAGAUAACGAAGUGAACAAAAUCAAACACGCUUAUCGAAUUGUUUAUGGUGCCAAUCCAUUACCGAAAUUGACUUUUAUUGUAGUCAAGAAACGACAUAAUACACGUUUUUUUCUUUAUCAAGACGGGGAAAUGUUGAAUGCUGAAGCAGGAACAGUAAUAGAUCAAGGAAUAACUCAUCCAUCACAAUUUGAUUUUUAUCCUUGUUCACAAGCAGGAUGUAAGAAAUUUCAUUUGAACAAAUUCGAAUGA